AUGUGGAAUGAGAAGCUUGUUGAUGUCUUGCUUGAACUUGGGUUUGAGCAAAUCAUAACUAGUAGCUGUUCGUAUGAGAUUUCUAGAAUUAAAUCCCUUCUUAAAUUUAAGUUUUUGAUUAAGGAUUUGGGAAUGUUAAAGUAUUUCCUUGGGAUUGAGGUUUUAAAAACCAAAGAUGGCUUAUGUUUAUCACAAAGGAAAUAUUGUCUUGACUUGCUUGCUGAAUUUGGUCUGACUGGAUUGGGAAAACUAAUAUAUCUUUCUCAUACUAGACCUGAUAUUGCCUAUUCAGUUCAAUAUCUAAGUCAAUAUAUGCACAGUCCCACCAAUGCCCAUUUCAAAAUCGCUUUAAGGCUUUUAAGAUAUCUCAAGGGUUCUCCCGGGAAAGGCAUACUGUUUAAGAAAGGGGAUUCCUUAGAUCUUAAAGCCUUUGUUGAUUCUGACUGGGGCAAAUGUGUUAACUCUAGGAAAUCUAUCACUGGUUUCUGUAUAUUCUUAGGAAACUCUCUUAUUUCAUGGAAAAGCAAAAAACAGUCUACCAUUUCUAGAUCUUCUGCUGAGGCAGAAUAUCGUGCCAUGUGUGCUGCGACAUGUGAAAUCAUUUGGCUUCUUAACAUUUUAAAUGAACUUAAAAUUGAUGUUAAACUACCUGUUUCGCUUUUUUGUGACAAUACAGCAGCUAUUUCAAUAGCUGCUAAUCCUGUUUUUCACGAUCGAACAAAACAUUUUGAAAUUGAUCUCUUCUUUUUAAGAGAAAAAAUUUCCAAAGGUGUCAUUAAGACCGUUGGUGUCUCGUCUGAAGAUCAAACUGCAGAUGGCUUUACGAAAGGGUUGCAUGUUCAAGCUCAUGAUAAGGAUGAUGAGCUACGAAGGUCAUUUCAAGCCGAUUUUGCACGUUCAGGGGAGGAGCUUCAGUGCUUCACGACGGCGUUUCAUUAG